UUAUUUUGGUGUCGUUUGUUUUCUGAUUCUCUUGUGUUACCCCUGUCCCAGCUUGUUUUUUUUGCAAGGUAGUACAUAAUUAAUUGUGGGAUGGUGGUUCGGUACUCACUGCUCUCGUCUCAUUGGAUGAAGAGCCUGGCGAGGUGGCCCAACCCUUAAUGAUGUCAAAUGUUGUACAGUUCAGUGGUGUGUUUGUUGUGAGGUUUAUUAGAGGGCAUUUGUUACUCCUUUCGUGACAGUCUGUGGUCAUAUAUCCUACAACUAAAGCAUUGGAAGAUUACGGGACCAGAAGUGACACGUUUGGACACAAACAAUGAAUUACGUUGGACAGCUUGCAGGACAGGUAUUUGUGACUGUGAAAGAGCUCUACAAAGGGUUAAACCCAGCCACAUUGUCUGGCUGUAUAGAUAUCAUUGUGGUGCGUCAACCUGAUGGAAGCCUUCAGUGUUCUCCAUUUCAUGUUCGCUUUGGGAAAAUGGGUGUUCUGCGAUCCCUAGAGAAACUGGUGGACAUUGAAAUCAACUGUGAACCAGUGGGAUUGCACAUGAAACUAGGUGAAAAUGGGGAAGCAUUUUUUGUUGAAGAGACUGAGGAUGACAAGGAGAUUGUUCCAUCACAUCUGGCUACUUCGCCUAUUUUAUCUGAGGGUGCUGCUCUCUUGGAAGCACAGAUGAAGAAGACCUCUUUGGACAGGAAGUGGAACUUGGAAUGUAGUGGACAGAUGUUGGAUACAGCAUCCCAAGCUGGAAGUGAGAAUCCUUCAAACAGCAGCUCUGUAAAGAAAAGGAGGAAAAGGCGAAGAAAAUCAAAAAUUGACAGCCUGAAAAAGGAGGAUAUGGGAGAGUCUUCUGAAGACGAAGACAUGUUUCAGAUUGAAAUGAGCUCCGAUGAGGAGAAUGAGCCCGCAGACAGCAGCAGGAAACCUGCUGUUGGUACAUAUAGUGAGAAUAUGAGCAAUUCGAAUUCACAGGCUGACAGCACCUUUCCGCAGUCUACAAUCCACCCACAUUCAGAUGGAGAGUGGUCUCCCAGCCAGAGUCUACCUGUAGAAUGCAAAAGCCUAGCAGUUCACCUUCCUGUUCCUGCAGAAGGAGGCCUGUCUAUAUCCUGUCCACAGCAAUCUUCUCAUGGCCCUUCUUCAGACAGCCCUGUGAGUUUUCGACCAGACAGUCCUAAAAGUGACUCUGAGUUGGUUACGAAGCACUCAGAGAGGACAAUGCAACAAAUGGACCCAGAUGUGCACUGGGCAUGGGGAGAGCUACCUCAGACUGCAAAGCCUACUUGUUUACCAUUGUCGAAGGACUCUACUGUCAUUACCAUAACACCUUCAGAAAAUACCCACUUUCGAGUUAUUCAGUGUGUUCCUUCUUCAGAAUCUCUUAGCAGUGUCUCCCCUUCACCCCCUCCGGUCCAAUUAGAGAGUACCACUUUAAGUGAGCACUGGAGCCAGCCUUCACCUGCAUGUGCCAGUGGAGCAGAAGUAGAGAAUUCUGGAGCAGCAUUGAUGGGAGCCUCACAAGUGGAAAGUGCAGAAGGUGUUCCAGCAACUACUGGAAAUGCUCAGAUAGUUGACAAAGUAACAGAUUCUCCAUCCAAGAAGAAAGAUAAACGAAGCAGGCAUCUUGGUUCUGACGGUGUCUACUUAGAUGACCUCACUGGCAUGGAUCCUGAAGUUGCUGCACUUUAUUUUCCCAAGAGUGGCGAUGGUGGUGGUGUCUGUAAGAAUGGGAUGGAAAGUGGAGCCCGGUCAGCCAAUCAAUCCCCUCAGUCUGUUGGUAGUUCUGGUAUGGACAGUGGCAUUGACGGCUUCUCGGAUCAGAUUGGAGACUUGCCAUCCAUUUCAGUUUCCUUAUGUGGAGGACUUACCGACAAUAAAGAAAUUACUCCUGAGCGAUUUCUGCAGCAUACCCUGACUUACCAGCAGUUUUCAGAAAAUCCAUGUGUCAUUGAUGACCCCAAUCUUGUUGUGAAAAUUGGAAACAAGUACUAUAACUGGGCAACUGCAGCUCCCAUGCUUCUGGCAAUGCAGGCCUUCCAGAAACCCCUUCCAAAGGCUACUAUUGAAACCAUAAUGAGAGAUAAGAUGCCCAAGAAAGGAGGAAGAUGGUGGUUUUCGUGGCGUGGAAGAAAUACCAGCAAUAAAGUGGAAGCUACAUUGAAUGAAGGUGUGACCAGUAAGGAGCUUCUCACAGGAGAAGGGUCAUCAAAAAUGGAGGCUGGAAACAGGGUAAGGGAUGAGUCAUCCUCAAGUGAUGAAGACCCUAGAACUGCCAAACAAAGUGGCUUAAAUCAACAAAAUCCAAGCCAUCUGCUAUCAUCACCUGGAGUUUCUUACAGGAAGACCCUCAGACUUACAUCAGAUCAACUUAAAAGUCUUCAACUGAAAGAUGGCCCAAAUGAUGUGGUGUUCAGUGUUACAACACAGUACCAGGGAACAUGUCGCUGUGAAGGUACUAUCUAUCUGUGGAACUGGGAUGACAAAAUUAUCAUCUCUGACAUUGAUGGAACCAUAACGAGGUCAGACACCUUGGGCCACAUUUUGCCAACAUUAGGGAAAGACUGGACACAUCAAGGAAUUGCAAAGUUGUACCACAAAGUCAGUCAGAACGGGUAUAAAUUCAUGUAUUGUUCAGCUCGUGCUAUAGGAAUGGCUGGCAUGACCAGAGGAUACUUGCAUUGGGUAAAUGAAAGAGGAACAGUGCUCCCACAAGGUCCUGUUUUACUCAGCCCCAGCAGUUUGUUCUCAGCAUUGCACAGGGAGGUAAUAGAGAAGAAACCAGAGAAGUUCAAGAUCGAAUGCCUAACUGAUAUAAAAAACCUGUUUUACCCUAAUGAAGAGCCUUUUUAUGCUGCUUUUGGAAACAGACCAACUGAUGUCUAUGCUUAUAAGGAAGUUGGUGUUCCUUUGAAAAGGAUAUUUACUGUGAACCCCAAAGGAGAGCUUAUACAAGAACAUGCAAAGACAAAUAUUUCUUCUUAUACGAGGCUUUGUGAUAUAGUUGACCAUGUGUUUCCAGUGCUGAAACGAGGGCUGCCAUCAGAUUUCCCAUGUUCAGAUACUUACAGCCAGUUCACUUAUUGGAGAGAGCCUUUGCUGUCUAUUGAAAGCCAUGACCUCAGUGCGGGUUCAGAGUAAUUUCUGUGUGGACUAGUACAAUACUUCAAAGACGUGGUCAUCGUGUGCACAGGGUGCUAAGUAAUGCUGACAGAGGAUCUAAGGAAGAUGAUAGUUACAAAGCUGUCACUGUAAUACUGUGUUAACAGACUUCUGAGAUGUUCCUGUAGCACUUGAUGGUAACUGUUUGUCCAUUAUUGAGUGUAUUUGGCAGUAGAUGCCACCAUACUACUUUUAUUACAUUUUUCAUAUUUUCAUUUUCCCAUAACAGUUUUAAUGUGCUUAACAAGCACAGGUUACUUGUGUCCAGAAGUGCAUUGAUCAAAUUGUUGUGAGGUUUUCAUGACAUUGUAAUUUGUUUACUAAACUGUGAGCAAAGCUUUUAUUUUAAGUAGUUUGAAUCUAUUUUUUGCCUGAAAGCCUAAACUUUGUAUAUAGAUGCUUCCCCGUGGCGUUCUAGCCAUGGAGCUGCAUGGUUAUUAUGUGAACAAUUUUAUGAUUUGGCAAGAUUUUUUUUUUAUCACGGGUCCUAAGUAAAGGAUCAGCAUAGUAAUAACAGUGACUUACCUCAUAAACUGCAGUUAUUCAGUUGUGUCAAGUUAGCAGGUAAAUUUAGGUCAGAAUGUGCUACUGAGACUAUUUUUCAUGGUAUUACUGCUAGGAUAGACAUACCAGGCAGCUAAAGAAAGCAAGAAAAUCCUCAACAUUUAUUAUGAGAAUUGCACUUACAUAAGAAACUGACAGUAGGCCUUAUGCUUUUGGUCUCUUCUUGAAACGUUAUUGCUUGGAGGCCUGUGCUGAAGUAGUGCAUUUUGAAUGUGCAUGUGUGUGUAUGUGUGUAUUUUUUUCUGUGUUAUUUUAAAAAUGACUCACAUGCAUUAUGUAUAUGCAUUGGCUUCAUUUCUCCAUAACAGAUAUUUGAGUAAAAUGAUGUAGUAUUGUGUAUGUAACCGGAGUCUAACUAAUUAUAGAGUAUAGUUCAUUGUGAUAAAAUGAUUCAAAGAAUCAAUAAAAUGUAUUGCUUUUGACUUAGAGUAGCUGACUUGAAUCCAUACAGAAGGGAAGAAAGAAGAAAUUGUUUUGUUAGAAACCUGAAUGUCACAUUCUUCUUAUCUGCCGGUCUCAUAUCUGCUUCUCACACCAACAAUAUUGGCGUUGUGUCCGGGACUGCCAGAGUACUUCUUUGUACAUUCACCAGUGUUCCUUUCAUUACUUGUUUCUUCCUUUUCCCUUAUGUUGUUUUUUUUUGUUUGUUUUAUAUGAUGUACCCAUAAGUUGACCCCACAACUUCAAUGUAUAUCUUGCUCUUAGCUUCUAGUGCCCCAUAUUUCUAAUUCCCUAUUUUGUACAUUAUUUUAUUGUAUUUCUUUCUCUACAUACAUCUAGACUGCUCAUUUGUAACCAAUUUCCAUUGUGGAGUAGCUCUGAACUUCUCUGCUUAAAAGAAUCAGGGGCAGAGCCAAAAGUAAUGGGGAACUAAGGCCCAAAAUCAGGUGCAGUUUUUAAAUAUUACUGUAAUUCAUUUAAAACGUUAUAAUCACAAAAGGGUUUUACAUCAACAUGCAUUUUUGAACAAUUAUGAAACUGUAACAACUGGCAUUGCUGACUAUCUGUAAUCCGUAGUUAAAUACCAGAAAAUCAGACAUUUUGUGAAGGUUAGGACAAACUUACGAGGCAAAAUCAGCGACAGUUUGCAAAAUCAGUGAUAGUUUAGAGGCAUGCAUGGUAGUAUCCUUUUCGUUUGCACACUCCAGUGGUUUUGUUUUAGACUGCAGUCAUUAAAACUAAAGUUUUUGCCAUCACAUUUUCUCCUCCCUUCAAGUGCUUGUAUUUUGCGUGCUGGUAGCAGACAUUCAGGUCACUUUUAUAUUAUGAGAGAGAAUGGCUUAGACAGCUGUAAGUCAUGUCACAGAUGCAUUGUACAUUUUUAAACUUUAUUCAGCAUGCUUAUGAGGUAAACAAGCAAUGAAACUCCUCUUAGUUUCCAUUAAAUGGUAAAUAAUGACAGAGAAACUAAGGGUUUAAAAACAGCAAUGUCAUUUUCAUCAAGUUUUUGUCCUGCAUUUCGUUGGUGCCCAUUGUAUCACUUCCUGAUGCAGUGGAUUCGUUUCUUAGAGUUUUGUGUGAGAUUCCCUGUUAGUCAACCCAAAACAAGCUCAUGCAAGAUGUGAUGCACAUAGAAUUCAUUCUUUUAGUUGUAUGGCUUACCUCCUGAAUUACAGACAGCUGUUAAUGCUGACUGCAGCCAUUCAUCCCUUACUAAAAUAAUGUGCCUUUCAUUGGCCUGCAACAGUGUGGCACCUGCAUGCAGUUUCUGAGGUUUGGUUGUAAUGUACACCAUUAACUUUUAUAUUUCUGUGGAGAAAUAAAUUUUUCCAAAAUUCAUGGGCUGUCUGUUCUGGCAGCCUUAACUUUUAAAGUAGUCAGUUCUUCAGCAUGAAACCAUUUUAUCAGCAUCAAGAGAAACAAAAUUCAUACAAGUACUAAGGACAGUCUUGUUUUCUUCACAUCUUGUAAGGGGCUCUCUUCAUCUUUAUCAUGGCUAGUGUGAUGCUUAUCAAAAAGAUGAUCUUUGCGAUAGAUAUGACAUCUCAUGCUUGUCUUCUGGUUCUGGCUCUGGUAGGUUGCCCAUCUGUACUGUUGGUGUCCUUGUUAGGUGAUGUAAUGAUUGGAGAUGGAACUUCAGAGAAACAGAAAUGCUCUCUAUCCCUUUUACCCUGGGUAAUUAUCUCCAUAGCCCUUUUAUCCUGGGUAAUUGUGCCCAUGCCAGUCCACGCACACAGACAGCUAGUAGGUGUCGCUUAUGGAUCACUAUAUAGUUCUAGCUAAGAAAGACAUAUUUUGCAUAUGACCCUUGUCAUAUAUCAGCCUAAAAGGAUAAAGCUUGUGCUUUCAGCAGAUAGACUGAAAAGUGUUCUGUUCAUUUGAUUUGUCAGUAGAUCCUUCCACAGGCUGCAGUAUUUCUUUCAAAGUGCCACAGUACAAAAAUGUGGCUACUCAGGAGCCAGACGGAAAGAUACAGAGACUUAAAAUCCUUCAAAUCUAGAGUAAAGUUUUCUCAACUGUGUGAGCUGAAGACUUGAAAAUGACAACCACUGGGAAUGCUGCUAUGUUUAUUAUAUCCAGGUAGUAAAAUGGCUUGCUAUAAUCUAGGUUCACCCAUGACUAGAAAGCACCUCUGUAGGUAAUAAGGAAUAUGGAAAUCAUGUGGGAGUCAGAGACCUGAAAUCCAGAUCCUGGCAGGGGCAGAUCCUAGAAAGUCUGCUGUGUGGGAGAGGCAUACAAUUAAAUUCAAAUUUCUCCUUUUCCAUAAGACAGUCAUUUUAACUGGAAGACACUGUCUCUGGAAGGAGUAUAUAUACUUGCAUAGCUAAAUGAAUCACACUAAUGCUUACUACGCUAACACUGGUCACCAUUUACCUGGGUGCAUACAUCUCCAGGUACAAAUAAUUUCAUCCAAAAAAAAAAACCCCAAAAGGAGCACAGCUCAUUUACAGCACAAUUGUCAUGUCUCUCUCACUGGAUGUAUACAACGUAACCAUUAUUCAUUAAGCAGAUUUCAGCACAUGCCCAGGUACACUGGAUAGUGCUAGGAUGCUGCCUGCAGGAGGUAACAAGCCUUGCUUUAUUUGGUUUCCAAGCAUGCUGCCUAUAUUUUCAAAGAUUGU